AAAAGUUUGUGAUGGAACCGUAGUUAAAUUUAGUUUCCCCAAAUUUGUGAAUUCACGUUGAUUAGAAAAUUUAGAAAAUUACUUUUAGUUUUAGCCAUUAAUCAAGGAGGCGAAUAAAGCAUUUAACCGAGACGAGCUAUGCGUGAAAGUGAAUGUCUAAAAUAAAUUUUACUUGUAUCAGAUUUAUUUUUGAAAAAAGUACGGGUAUGGGUAACAUCACACGGUCGGUAAAGUCAUGUGCAAGAAGCAGGAGCAUGCAGCCAUUUUGGAUUGGAACUAUUGUUAUAACAUUCUUAGUCUGUCAUUUGAUAUUCGAUGCUCGAAAAUUAUUGAUGAUGCAUUUCCAAGGAAGUCAAAUUACAAUAAAUGUUGCAAAUUAUAAUUUACAAGGAAUACAAGGAGACGAAGCGAUUCUUUUUAACCAAGUAAAGUCUGGAGAAAAGCCUAUUUUCGUUCUGGAAAAUGAUCAUUUGGCAUCGAAACUUUCAUUAAAACAAGGAAAUAGACAUGGGUGGAAUAAAGCUACAUUAUCAGUUCAUCCAAAGUUAUACACUUACCAAAAUUUCGCUGAACUUCCGGCCUUCAGUACAGCUAAUUGCAGAAGAAGUUUAAAUACUUUUAUUCCAAACAUUGUGCACUUCAUUUGGUUUGGGAAAUUGGAAAUGACAUUUCUGCAAUAUUUAUCUGUUCGGAGCGCCGCUACAGUUCAAAGGCCAUCUUCAAUAAUCCUUCAUACUGACAGUGGUGAACCUACAGGGAAAUACUGGGAAUCUCUGAAAAACGAAAUCCCAUGUUUAGAAGUUCGAUUCAUGGCAAAACCAACAAAAAUAUUCGGAAAAUAUCCAUUGACCAAUGUAAAAGAACAAUCUCACGUAUCAAGAUUACAGGUUCUUUUUGAAGAGGGUGGAAUCUAUGCAAAUCUGAAUGUUAUUUUUGUCAAACCGUUUGAUGAAUUGAUGAACAAAUCGCUGGUUUUAGGCAAGGAAGAAGAUCAGUAUUAUAGUAACAGCGUGAUUCUGGCAGAGAGGGGAGCAUCGUUUAUUACAAUGUGGUUCACCGCAUACAACAGAAAACUAGUCGAUUGGUCAACUUAUAGUAUUUAUAUUCCUUGGCGUCUUCACCGUGAAAAUCCUGGAGUUCCUAUCCAUAUCGAAGAAUAUUCAAUGAUGAGACCGAACUUUAACGAAGACGAAUGGAUAACGCACAACAACUGGGUGCUGGAUGAGAAUUAUUGUGUUCACCUUUACGACGACCGCAGUCGAAUUAAAACUGCGAUUUCUCAGUCACCAGUGGAAAUUAUCAAUAUGGACAAUACACUCGGCCAGUUGACAAGAUUAUCGCUUUUUGGCAAAAAAUAUUUGGAGAUUGAAGAAGAGAAUUUUCGUUCUACAGUCCAUUCCAAAAUUGAUUGUUUAAAACCACCAACUUCAAUAAAAGGAUUCGUACCAAAUAUUAUUCAUUACAUCUUGAAGGAUGAAGGAUUUACUUACAUACAUUAUCUUAGCUUUAGAUCAGCAGUACAAAAAUUGAAACCAUGGGCAGUUCAUGUGCAUUUAGUGCAAAAUAAAGAACCUGACAAUUUCUAUUGGAUUAGAACGUUAACUGAAAUCGGUUGCAUCACGAUCCAUCAGCCUACCGGUAGAGUUCUCUUCACAAAUGCAACAAAAUCAGAAAGAAAUAUUGCAGUAACAAAAUUAAUUCAAAGAGUAUUGCACGAAUAUGGCGGUAUUUAUCUCAGUUAUGACGUCAUAGUCACGAGCACUUUUGAAGAUUUAUUAAAAAACCACGUUGUCAUGGGAACGGACACUGCAUAUACAGGAGACGUCAAAGUGCUUCUUUCGUCACCAAAUUCUAGAUUUUUAUCAGAAUGGUUUUCAUGGAAUAAGAAUGAUGUGAUUUCGAUCAAGAGAAAAAUUGAGCAAUAUACGGAGAAUCAUCCGAGAGAACAUAUUGUAAUCGUGGAAAAUUUUCCUGCUGUUUCGCCAGCAAAAGGAUGGAUAUCUAUAAACUUUGAUUAUGUAAACAUCAAAUGUUUUGCUGUUUUAGAACGGGAUACAAAAGUAAAGCUUGACGAAGAUACAGUGUACAACUUACUACGUUCUAAUUCACUGACGGGAGAAAUUGCUAGAAUCGCACAUUUUGGAAAACAAAGACUUGAUGAUUCGUUCAAAGAAUUAGCAAAUAAUAAUUGAACGGGAACAAAAGCAUUGUUUUUAUCGAAUUUUACAAGGCAUGAAGCUGAUGUCAUGUCUUCCUCGUAUGUUUUAAUAAACAUGGAUUGGGAGUCUAAGAGAGUAUACGUGAGGGCGUCUAAUUUCGAUGCCCACUGCAAUGAUUCAUAUGCACUUAAUAGCAAAGAGAUAUGUAGGGUGGAUUUAACAUACCACCCGCAGUCGGUUAUUUCAUUUGCUUGUCAAGUUUGAGUUUGAAUGUUCUGGAUUCUUAUCAAUCUAUGAACAAUGAGCAGCUUUGAUAUUGUCACGAUUGUUGUACAACAUAAAUUUCCAAAACUCAAUUCCACUGUAUAAUAUUCACUUUUCAAUAAUAUUUGUCGAGUAAUAAACAAUUUAGGUAAUAGUACAAGCCUUGACUGUAUUAUGAUAAUUAAUGUUAGAUGGUCUAGUACUCUAGUUAGCUUGUACUGGUGAAUUUUAGUGGUGUUGUUACAAAUUUUAUGCGCUAACUCAGUGCAAGCUAUGGCAUUUGAGAGGCAUCUCUUUAACCAUGACGACAUGAAUAACCAAUUAUAGCGUCAUAACAGUCGGAUUUUGUAAAAUGUACUAUGACGUCCUAAAUAAAUUUUUAAAUUGCGGGAAAUGCGAAAUUUUAGUUACGGGAAAGAUAAGUAGGCUAAUCCACCAAAUAUAUUGGAUAGUAUGUUGAAGUUCGAAACGCUCCAGGAAAACCAGAAAACCCGACAUUAUAACAACAGAUUCUAGUCGCAAGAGGCGAAGUCAUGGGAAAUACUGAUAAAUAAAACUUUGCCUGUGGUAAAUCCGCCCCUGGUUGGGGUCGAGAUUGUCUCGCCUACUUAACCCGAAGUCUAUAUAUUUGUUAACCAUUUGAACAUAAUAUAAUUUAUAUUGCUAUUCUACCUUGUUAUCUUUUUAUCAUUAAAAUCUUCACGCUUCUCGAUAAGAUCUAUUUUACGACGUCGAUAAUUGCCGCCUGCUAUAUAACUUUUUGUUCGCCUUAAUUUCUAUACUACUGUGAAUUACAGAAGAUAAAGUAACAUAACUUACGCCCGCCUUUUAUCAAGUUUUAAUUGCAUUAAU